GUUUCAAACGAGUCCGGGGACGGCGGAGCCCAACAGGUCCGAGCCAACUUCGCGCUUCCGAGUUGCUGUCGCCAAGCAGCCCAGCUCGUCCAGCUCUCUCCGCACGCAGGCUGCAGUGACAUGUCCAGUCGCCCGAUGAAAGAAAACAGACCGUCUAAGGCCCAAGCCGUAUUGGCUUUGGCUGGAACAGGGUUGUGCCUGGGCGCAAUUCUCUGCAUGAGCGGCGACGAUGCAUGGGAAAAUGCCGGCAAAAAUGCACGGCUAUCGCUGGGGAGCAUGCUGGGCCUCACUCCCAAGUCGAAAAAGGCCAAGAAGAGCAAAUACAAGUCGAAAACCAAAGCCGAGUCAACCACGACCAUGGCGAAGCAUGUGCUUGAGAAGAAGAAGAAAAAGAAAAAGAAGAAGACGACGACGACGACGACGAUAAAGAAGGCAGUCGAGGCGCAGGUGGAGGACGAGGCGCCGGACGCCACGACCGAGCCCACGAGGCCACCUCAAUCUCUACAUAUAGGCGGUAUCGGCACGCGGACGACGAUGGGCGUCGAGGCGCCUUUAAUGGACGCUUUAUCAUGGUCCACGGAAGACCAGGACGAAACCUCCGAGCCGGUCCACCCGUGCUUUGUUUUGCCUCCGGUUGAGCGCGGCUUCAAACGGAUCUUCUGUCGGAAGGCAACCGUGACGGUUCCCGGUUUCGAGCCCUUCAUUUUGGACAGCAUGGGCAUCGACGACGCCGACGGCUGCGUAAUGCCAAAAAUUCGAGUGGUCGCCGGUGAAGAAAACGGUGAGGUCACCCUAGACGAGUACGUCGUCGCGGUCCAAGAAAUGUACUACGAUGAACCCUUAGAUGAUGCCAACGCCAACGCCGACGUCGAUCUGAAGUUGGUGUUUACCUACAUGUAUACGCGGGCCAUGCUCGUUGAGCUCCAGGACGCGCCUUUGUCCACGGCAGACCUCGAUGGUCUCCACCCAGCCUUCGAUCACGAGCGAGAGCUCGCCGAGGCAGUCUCUUUCGAACAAGAGCUGACGUCGGUGGACAUGGUCCGGGGCUGCGUCCGCGUCGCCUGGUGCUCUGACGAUACGCGCGCAGACUACUUCUGCACACGCGAGCUCGACGACGAUCAUAUACGCAUGUCCGAGCGCGCCAUAA